CUUAACACGCAGACUGACGUCUCAGCCAAAAUGAAGAACGACCUCCAUCUUUCAUUCGGCGAUAUCUUCAAUCAUGAUUUCACGGCUUUCUUCGAUCAACUACGCGAGGUGCAGCUCUACCAGGCCAGUCGCGAAGCCUCAGAAAAGUGGGUGCAGCGAUUGCGCUUCUUAGAUAUCUCCUCUAUACCGGACUUAGAGCGACUGGACGAGCAAAGACCCACGAAGCGUUUGAAGCGUGGUCCGCAUGGCUACCAAACGAUGCCGGCCGGGCGCAAAACUCAGCUAUCCAUACCGAUUAGGGAUAGGAAGCACGAUGACGGAAGCUCAUACCUCGCUGUAUCUUGGAGAUGGACUGAGGAAAAGGCCGAAUUGCUCCCCUCGGGAUGUGGCCUUCGAGAACGCUUCGAUUACCGAGUGCGACGGGCCGGACAGAAACCGCACAAAAGCGACUUUCCUGAUGUCUACAUGGAAAGGGUCAUUCGGUUCGCGCAAAGCAAAGGCAUUGAGCUGAUCUGGAUUGAUAAAGAGUGCAUUUACCAGCGGGCGGGAGAUGAGGAGACAUAUCCCAACGACAUCCAGUUGGGCGUGCAGAUCAUGGAUGUGGUCUAUGGGGACAGCGCAGUGGCCCUUGGACUGAUGACUACAGCGCUCACACAACAACGCGAGAUGAAUACGCUUGCUUCGCUCCUCUCAUGGUCCGCCUCGAUCAAGAAGGACAAUAUACGAAAGCCUAAGCUGCGGUCCACCAUGGAGGUUGCUGAAAUCCAGUCGCUCAUUGAUAGAAUCCUUGAAGACUCUCGCUGGGACCGAGCUUGGAUCUUCCAGGAAGACCACUUAGCAUCGGACCGCAUGGAGAUCAUGAUUCCUCACGCUAAAAACCUCUCCAAGGAUGGACAGUAUAACUUCGGUUCCAUACCAAACGAACUGGUAGUGAAGCUCGCAGAGUUUAAAAGGGCGGUCACGAUGUUCUGUAUGGUGAAAGGCGAGGACGACCAAUGGGCUUCCACCGUACUUGUCAAAGUAAAGCAGUACAAUGUAUGGAACAAGGAGUCCAAGGCGAAUACGAUCGUUCGUAAGAGGAAGCAUUCUCUGCCCCGGAGCAGGAGGUUCAUGAGUCCCGGCAGCAGAGUGCGAUCCAAUUCGAACAACUCCCCCUCUGUCAACCUGUAUCCGACCACAACACUGAGCAUUUUAGAGGACAUCUGCAACCGUUCACUGCUAAAAGAACAGGACCGGGUUGCGAUUCUGGCCAACGCAGCCAAGUUCUCGACGCGACUUGACAUCAGUGAAGCCUCGUCUCUCGUAUCUGACAAGUAUAGUCUGUCAGUCGCACUACUUGCGCUUAUCCUGCUUAACGGCGAAAUCAUCAACAACAGACGCUUCAUGCCUUCGCGGAAGAUCAUGGAGUACGACUUGUGCUCCUACCUCAAAGAUUGCGAACUGAAAUAUCACGCGCCUACCUCGAGAUUUCAACAAUCCUUUAUCGACCGUUGCCGCCUCAAAUCGCCCAGAAUCACGGAGCGUGGCAUCCGAACGCAAGGUUUCUUGUUCAGGCUCCUUCCCCGAAGCAAAAAGAAUCUUGUUAGGCUUUCCAGCCGCGACCUAGAACAUUUGUCUGAUCUUCCUCCAAAGUGGAGGUCAAGGAAUGUCGCACCAGGCCGCAAGCUCAGCCCCUUCGCCGACGAAGUCAUCGAGAUCCUCAUCUUUAAAUUAAAGGAUCGUUACGGACCGCGUUGUCGUCUAGCGGACUACCUACGGGAGCAUCUUGAUCUUGACAGAUCCCGACCGCCAAGGGAGGACACGAAGCCCUCCAAACGUUAUGUCUUAGACAUGAUGUCCGCGAUCGCACAGGCUCUUGAGGACGGUCAAAAACUCCGUCUCGGCCAGUUAAUAGGUGAAGCCAACUAUGCGCCGCCGUCCGCGCUCUUUAUCACGCCAAUUAGGCCAGACGGCUCAAGAAGCCGAACGAACGAACAUGCUACACCGCCAGCAGGACAUGAAGCUGAUCUAGUGUGGAUCUUCACCACCUGGGACAAUGGAGGGAUGAAUCGGGCGGCGGAGAGGUUUGCGAGUCUAGAGGUAGCGGUAGGUGUUACGGGAAAAGCGCAGCUGGAAUGGAGCCCAGACGGAGGUCUGGGCCUCGGGACUAUUGGCUGGGUGAACGGGGUUUGGGACGUUAGGGGCGGGCGCAUGAAUCCGUUUACGUUCGCUCUUCCGGGGAUUACAGGCUCACGCAAGAAAAAAUAG